AUGGGCCGAGCCAACGUCCAGCUCGACCCUUUCAUCCUACCCCCGGAGAAAGUCGCGAAGAUGAUCGAAGACUGCGGGUUCGACGUGGCGGUCCUGUCAACCGAGGAGCAGGCAGAUAAAAGCAGUGCACCUGAUGGACAGACAGCGCGAGUCUCGAUGACCAACUUGUUGGUCGAGGAUAUGACCUGCGGCGCAUACACUUCUGCCAUCGAAAGCAGGCUCAAACGCGUGAAAUGA